UAUUGUUUAUUUGUAGGAUGCUACCGUCAUUAUAUAAUAUAUACAGGUAUGUAUGAUAUGUGUGUUAUGAUGUGGAACACAUAAAUCUAGCAUCACGAGCCAAUUCGGACAAUCAGAUGGACUCUGCCAAUCACCCCCGCCCCAACGAACAUUUUGUUUUUUGUCACAGUCUAGUGGUUAUCACAUGAUUGAACAACUGGAACUAGAACAGGAAUCGACACCGAUAUUCAAGAUGAUGUCAGUAAAAUCAAUACGGGCAUUACGUUUAUUGAUGCCAAUGGUUGCCAUGAUAUCACUGCUCACACAAUCGGUUGCAAUCAUAACCAACGAUUGGCUACAUACGAUCGAAUCGAUGCCCAAUACGAAUUAUGAGAAAUUCUCAAUGCCAGCUGAAAUGGAAUUUUUCAAAAAAUCUACAUCAUCUGGCCUAUGGACAUUGUGCUACAAUGAACCACCGGAUACAGAACUUGAAUGCAAGAAAAUUGAUUACUUGAGCCAAGAAGAGUAUAUACCAGAUCAGAACGAUUCGACAAUGGCCAUUCCAUACGCUGUAAAGCAAGCGGCCAUUUAUUUUCUAGUCAGUACCGGUCUAAUGAUAGCUGGACAGACAAUUUAUCUAAUGAGUCAGUUGUGUCGUUCACGUCGUAUCUAUAUAUUCGUAUCGGGUAUACCAUUCAUAUUGUCCGGUCUAUUAAUAUUGACUGGCAUUGUGGUCUAUAUAUCGACAUUCAAAAAUGAAGUUGGCUAUAAACUACGGCCAAUUUCACAAUUCCAAGAUGCACUAUUCGACUAUCGUUACGGUUAUUCAUUCCUAUUUCUCGUCACGAGUCUAUUAUUAUCCGAACUGACCGGCACAUUGGCCAUAUUUCUGUAUGUUUCACAAAAACAUUUCAAAAUUAUGAUCGACACUGAACGCGAUCAAGUUCUUACACACAAUAUCAUCAAUUUGCUGCGAAACCAACAACAGCAACAAAAAAUGGUAGACGAUGACGACGACGACGACGACGAUGACCACCACGUUAGAAACAAAGAUGGUGUUGUUUCCAGUUAUCCAAGACUAGGAGUCAUAUCGAGUAGCGAUAAUGAUCAAGGUUAUCACAUGAAUGAUGGCGAUGCAGCCGAUGUAACAGUGACACCACAAUCACCGAUAGCGAGAGCAACUAUAAAUCAGAAUUUUUUGUCAGUCGAUUUUGGCCUAUUGGAUUCGGCAGCAUAUUAUCAAUGUGGCCGACAUGGUACUCGUGGACGACGUAAUAGCCGUUCGAAUGAUUCCUAUCUUGGCUCGCCGAGAGAAAGCACGACCGAACUUAAAACACAAAGACGCGUGAAUGAAGCACAGAAAUCGACUGGUCGAAUUUCUUUCGAUUCAGCAGUAGUCGGUGAUUCACUUCAAGAAUUGUAUGUUGAAGGACUCGAUGGUGGACGACAAUUUAUCAAACCAAGGAAUCCAAUAAGCAAUGAUGAUGACGACUCUGAUCGCUUCUUUCUCUCAUCUGCUCAACAUUUGAAAGAUGAUGAUAAACCAUCGAAUGAUGCUGAUGAUAGCAACAAUGCGAAUAAAUCUACAUUUGUUUGAAAUGUA